CCCUCGCCCUCUUAUCAAUCCCGGCUCUCUCACGUCGCCCUCUCGCGCCCUUUUCUUUUCUCUUCUUCUCAAAUUCCCCCCCUACCCCUCUCUCUUCCUUUAUUCCUCGUCACAAUGUCAACCUCAGCCGGCCCCUCCACCACCUCCUCCUCCUCCUCCAAAUACCCCACCAUCGUACCCGGCGGCGGCCUAAUCCUCGCCUGGCAGCUAAAAGGCAAGAAAGUCCUCCUCGUAGGAGGAGGAAUGGUCGCUGCCGGCCGCCUAGUAAACGUCAAGGAUGCCGAUGCCCACUUGACUGUCAUUUCCCCUCGUUCGGGCCUUUCAGGGGAGAUGAAGCAUCGCAUAGAUACGGAAAAGGUCGUGGACGUGUACCACGAUCGGUCCUUUGGUGGGGAGGAGGACUUGUAUGACGCCGAGGGAAAGUUGUACGAUAUGGUCCUCACAGCUAUCGAUGACUCGGACCUUUCCCGAUCCAUCUGCGUCAUGGCGCGCAAGUUGCGCAUACCGGUCAAUGUGGCUGAUGUGCCACCCGAAUGUGACUUCUACUUUGGAUCCCUCAUCCGUCGUGGACCGUUGCAGGUUAUGGUGUCCACUGGGGGCAAGGGACCCAAGAUUGCUAAUCAGGUUAGGACGUUAGUGGAGCGCAGCUUGCCGGAAAAUGUGGGGGAGGCCAUCAGUAGGGUUGGGGUGUUGAGGGGCAAGUUGAGGGAGAGGGUUCCGGAGCAGAAGGAGAGUGGGAGGAGGAUGAGGUGGAUGAUCGAUGUUUGUGAGCGGUGGAGCUGGGAUCAACUAGCAGAAAUGACAGACCGCGACAUGGAACUCAUCUUGGCCGGCUGGGAGAAGGGCAAGGCACCCAGCUACGUUGAGGUCAAGGGCGUCACGAAAGCGUACGCCCCUACAUGGCAUUCACUGGCCAAGCGCUUCUUUGCUACAUGUCCAGUUGUGGGGUACAUCUCACCCUGGUCGGCGGGACUUUUGGGCUUCGCAGCGGGGGCGGCGGCGAGUCUGGGGAUGGUAGCGGCGAGGAGGCCCGAAGCGCUGAGAUAGCAGCGCGGGAUUGUAUUCGAGUAAAUGUACAGCAUUCUAUGUAGACACGCCCAGAUGGUGCUCGUAGACGAAGGUGGCCUCUUGCGCUUGGCCGAGGGAGACCAUCAGUGUAGGCCUGUCUCCCGGCUUGAAGGAGAGGACCGACGAAGAGCCUGCGAAGAUGGAGUCU